GGUCGCCCUUUUGCGACCCCAAGCCUUCAGCUAUCAGCAGAAACACUUGGACCUGAUACACCCCGCAUCGCAUCGCAUCCGCACCCCAUCCAUCUGUGCCUCCCGCGUUGACGACUCCAAAAAUAACAAUCCGUACGUCACGCAGCAGAAAUCCUUCAUUGGAUAACUUAACCUUUCGUACCAGGCCAUGGCAGGCCGUCAAGGAAGACCAGAUGAGGAACUUUUCCUCGGUAGACCGCAUAAUGGCGGCGAUAGUCCGACUGUCGAGCCUUUGAGAAUCCACAAGCCAAACAGCCCACAACCUUCUUCAUCCGCCGGGCGUGGAAAAAACCCCCAGCUGUCGACGAAGCUCACGUUUCCACUGCCUCCCGGCGCAUCAAGCUCUGCAAAUCCUUUGCCUUAUCCUGACGACGAGUCUGACGACGACGAGGAUUUAUUCCAAGCCCCCCCUCAGCCCCGACCCCACCGAGCCCUAUACCCCGAAGACAGGAACCCCUCUCAAGGCUCGUAUGGGAUCGGAGGGGGAGGACAGAGACAAGAACAAUCUAGGCCAGGUACAGGAGGAAGGAAAGAAUCGAUUGACACGGCUCCGAGAUUAAUGACAAGUCCCAUCGAAAAGAAGGGCCCGGGUCUGGCAGAAAGACGUGGAACAGCUCCAAAGCCCCUACCCGAGUCCCCAGGUCCUGAUCUUCCUGAUAAGGAGGGGUUAUUUGCAAAAUCUCUCAGAGAUCCUAAACCUCCACCCAAGAUUGUUUCCUCUUCAACUGGAGGCCGGCGCCCAUCUGAGGGAGGCAAUCCUUAUCCUGAGUACCAUCAGCAGUAUUUCCCCCCACCCGUGCCAAAUCCUCCAGAGCCUUCAGAUCAUAACUUAGCCGCACCAACUCCCAGUGGAAUGAAUAGAUUUGCGUCCACAGCAUCUACAUCUACCACAAGAGCUACUAGAGGCUCUCCCCCACCUCCCGAAACUCCUAUUAUUGGGCCUGGCGACCCGAUAGCUGGAGGUGGAAUCGAAGCCCGAUAUGCGGCAGCAGGAAUAUCUGGAACAGCUACGUUGAGUAGUCUUCACCAGCAAAACAAUGCUGCUGCCCAAAGAGCAAAUCAAUAUGGAACUCCGCCUGUUCCGCAGCUCCCCCAAACUCCAGGGCUCACUGCACAACAAACUGCACCUAGACCAUGGACUCCAACAGAGCUUCCAGAUACCCAACCUCACGGUCCACCCACAGUCUAUCAAGGUCUAAAUCAAGUAUCAACCUCACCAUCACCACCAGCACAGCAAAGCGGUAGUCAAACAAAUAUACCACAGACCAAUUCCUUUGAACAAGACUUUCAACGCAUGCAAUUAUCUCCAUCACCUCCACCAGCUUAUUCUAGUGUUGGCCCAGGAUCAAAUGGUGAUAGUAAUGCAUCAAGCUAUCCCCCAGAAAAGGGGGGUCGUGCUCCCGUCCCGGCUGCCAUCAACACGAUAGCAAAACCAAAUAUUGCUCCAGCAAUGAUGUCUCCAGAAUUGCAGCAUCCAGGACACCCAGCUUUUGCAAAUGAUGCAGCUAGAAUACAAGCCGCUCAACCCCAACCAACUCCACAACCAAUUCCCGUACAACAGCAGCCACAGCAGCACGUUCAGCAACCACAACCGCAAACGCAGCCACAACAGCAGCAGCCACAACAUAUGGCAAACUCGUCUCCAUUCCAAGGUGCUGGACCAUCAUCGCCGCCUCCUCUUCCGGAAGGUUGGAUUGCUCAUUUAGAUCAAAAUUCUGGCCAAUAUUAUUACAUUCACUUGCCAACUCAAGCAACACAAUGGGAGUUUCCCAAAGGCCCUUUGCCACUCAAUCACGAUACCGCCCCCCUCUCUCCUACCAUAUCUACUUAUGGAAAUCCUCUUGCUUCGCCUGGUCUGAGCCAAUUUGGCAAACUGAUUGGCUCACCUGGGUUUCCACCCCAUACUCCUGGCUAUGCCGAGAGCAUCAUGAGUAUGGCAUCUCAGACUCCAACCGCAGCUGGGUUUUCGGGUCCUCCACCAAGUGCUGGUGUGGACAUGUAUAAAAUUGCGCCGACCAACGGAGUCUAUUUUGGCCCAUAUCUCCGCUAUGUAAAUAUGGACAUGGAGAGAGGCUUGUGGUUGGGGACAAUUAUGCUUGUCACAGAUGGCCCACAACCACCUACAAUUCACAUCCAUAAAAGUGUUGAUUUGUCUCCCGACCCGCGCCAGCUUAAACCAAAGCCAAUAUCCACUCAUCAACGAUGGACAUUCUAUCGAUAUGAUGUAGACCUGCAGAUGGAUGAUGGUCCUGGUGAUAAAUGGACUUAUGCAAUUACUUCGCACCUUGGUUGUACUCGUUACGAGUUCUUGGUUGCUGGUCGGUAUGAAACCAAUUGGAGGUUUAUUGCCCAUUCUGGCAAUGAUUUUGCUAUGAAUACUAGUGUGGCUGAGCGCUCCAAGCUUGGUGGGAUUGGCUUUAUGUGGAAAGAUGUGUUGCAAAAGAAUGUUGACUGCGGUGGUUUCCAUGUUCAACUUGGACUGGGCGAUCAAAUUUAUGGUGAUAGAUUAUGGAAAGAAAUCCCACUGCUCAGGCAAUGGCUUGCCAUGAGUGGAAAAGAGAAUCGAAAAAGCGCAGCGUGGACUGCACGCCACGAAGAAGAUGUAGCACAUUCAUAUUUCCAUUACUACACCAGCCAUUUCGAUCAACCAUAUUUGAGAGAAGCGUUUGCGCAAAUUCCUCAUAUUCUACAAAUCGAUGAUCAUGAUAUGUAAGUGUUCUCUGCAUGUCGUUUAUCCAACGGUCAACUGACAAGUACCAGUUUCGAUGGUUUCGGCUCGUAUCCAGACUAUAUGCAAUCCUCCAACAUGUUCAAGAACAUUGGGCGUAUUGGAAUUGAGAUGUAUCUUCUAUUUCAGCAUCACACAACACUCGAGAUUCUUCGUAAUGUCAGUACUGACGUAGAUCUUUUCACCAUUACUGGUCAAGGCUGGCAUUUUGUCAAAUAUCUAGGGCCAGCAGUUGUAGUUAUAGGACCAGAUUGCCGCUCAGAGCGCAAUCAGCGUCAAGUGCUAGCUGGCCCAACGUACCAGGGCAUAUUUCCAAAAGUUGCAAUGUUACCUCCAAGUGUUCAGCAUUGUAUCUGGAUGAUCUCAGUGCCCAUCGUGUACCCUCGAUUGGAAACAGUGGAGAGCCUUGCCCACACCAUGGCGACUGGCAAGAAAGCUUUCACGGGAACAUACAAUCUUCUUGGAAAGGUCACUAGUUCAGUAGCUGGUGUUGUUGGUGGAAAGGAAGCUGUAGCUUCUGGGUUCACUCAAGUGAAGAAAGCAGUCGGAAAGUCCGGGCUCAUGGGAGGAGUUCUCAACACAUUCGGUGAUAUCGAUAUUGCCGACGAGCUCCGUGACAUGUGGACCCAUGAUUCCAAAGACCUAGAGAGGACCUACUUGAUUCGAACACUUCAAACCAUUUCCAAUCAAAAGGGUAUACGCAUGACGUUUUUGUCUGGAGGUGAGUUGAUCCAGGAAUUCUACGACCAGAAUUGCGCUAAUGAACUUCAGAUGUGAAUUGUUGUGGGGCAGGUCUUGUACAUGAUCCUACCCAUCCAAGCGACCAUAAGACAAUGUACCAAGUUAUAUCCUCGGCUGUUGUAGCAGCUCCGCCACCAUCAUACGUCCUCAAAAUGCUUCAUAACAAUAAGCCACUUUACGUGCCUGCGAACGGUCAGAAAUCAACGAACCAGGUUUCGGACACCAAAGAAGACAUGAUGGAGAUCUUUCGAACAGACACCAGCGGCGGACCUAGAGAAAUGAAGAAACUUAUGGGUAGAAGGAAUUAUGUCGCUUUUGUCGCGUAUGAUCCGGAGGCUAUCUCAGCUGGUGGCCAAGGCUAUGCUGCUAGUGUUCAUAGUGGACAGCAAGGAUUGGCGAAGUUGAGUUUGGCGGUGGAUUUCGUGGUGCAAGGGGAUGGUGGAUUUAGUGCUCCGACGAAGUAUGGUCCUGUUAUCAUACCGAGUCUUGAGUUUGGGCGGUGAGCUUGAUUCGAUAAGAUUGAUGGGGUAGGAAAUCUGGCAUGGUCGGGCUUUAAUAGUGAUACAUGAGUUCAUGGAUUUCAUCAUGUAAAGAAGGAAGCAAGCAGGACUUGAUUUUUGAAUAAGCAUCUCAGGGAGUUGUUGGGUAGCGCUGCUGGGAUAUAGUUUCUGAGUUCAUGCUUGCUCUUCUCGCCUCUUUUUUGGUUUCUGACAUAUCUCCACAUAGCGAAUAGAUAUGAAACUUGGAUGAU